AGCUUCAUUAUUGACAAAAAUUGUCGAUACCUAGGUUGCUUAGUUCAGUUUUUGCAUACUCACGUACAUUUUCCUUCUCCAACAAACAACAAUGGAAUAUGAGGCUGCUGUUAAAGCUCCGCUUAAACUAAAAGGAACAGCUAACAAAGAUAUCCAAAAGAAACUGAAGAAGAAAAAUAAAGAAAAGAUAAAAAAUGAGGGAGAAUCUUCUAAACCCAAGGAUCCAAAUGAAACACUAGUGUCGUACAAACAGCCUGUUGUUAAAACCAAAGCACAAUUGAAAUUCGAGCAGAUGAAGGAGGAACAACAGAAGAAACGAAUUCUGGAAAAAGCCUCAAAAACACACAAACAACGUGUAGAAGAGUUCAACAGACAUCUUGAUAGCUUGACGGAGCAUUUCGAUAUUCCUAAAGUCAGCUGGACAAACCAGAAUGCAACAUCUUUGAAAGCCGAUCAAUUAGCUGAUAUACAGCAGAAUGAAAUUAAGGAAAUAUCUGAUCCACUUAGAUUUCCUGAUUACUUUGGUGUCAGGAACCUUUUUAGGGUGAAGGAUUUGUUUGAUGCAAAAGUUCACUAUGGACACAAGGAAGGCACACUGGAUCCCAACAUGAAACCUUACAUUUUUGGAUCACGUCUUGGUUAUCUAAUUUUUGAUUUGGAUAAGACUGCAGAAUUGUUGCAAGAUGCACUCAACUUUACAGCUCAUAUUGCCUAUAGAGGAGGAAUAAUUCUGUUUGUCUCUCACUUCCCCCAACAUACUUUAACAGUAGAAAAUGCAGCUAAGCAAGCAGGAGAAUAUGCCCAUGCAAGAGAAUGGGACUUUCAUAUCUUCACAAAUUCUGAAAAAGUUUAUAAUGGUGUUACACGUUUACCUGAUCUUGUCAUCUUGCUUUCUACAUUAAACCCCCAGAUGCAGGAACAUACUGCAGUGAAAGAUGCAGCCAAAAUGUGUAUACCAACUAUAGGUAUUGUGGAUUCCAAUAGUAACCCGAAUUUAAUUACCUAUCCGGUACCUGGUAAUGACGAUUCUCCAGCAGCAGUUCAAUUAUAUUGCAAUUUGUUUCGCGAUGCAAUAUUGUUAGGAAAAUCGAAAAAACAAGUAUCAUGCUAGAUAAAGUAUUCUGGU